AUGGUUGUGAAAAAGAGCGCAGAGCAGCGUACUGACCGCUUAAAGCAGCAGGCUGUACAACUUUCGGCGGAGGAAGCAGCAAAUCAGAAGAUUUUGCAACACUAUGCUAAAACUGUCUAUUUCAAUCAACUGUGGGUGUCUUUUCUCAGCAAGAUGGCAGGUCUCGUGGUGCUCAUGACUUACCUGGAGAUACAGCGCAUGCGUCAUAGCCCUCGCGGACUCAGCUUUAUCGUGGGCUUUGAAGCCUUGUCUGUGUUAAUUUCUGCAAGCACUGUGCCUUUUAUCCGUCGGUGGCUUAACCCGGUACUUGCUUUUAAAAUUGCGUUUGCUUUCUCGCUGCUGCAAGGCUUUUGGUUCGUAACUUCUUACUUGACGCGCUUCCUGAAUCGUCCACGUCAAGCUGGUGACUUGCUAAGCGAGCAAUUUCCGUUUGGCCUCAUCUACUUUGUUGUCUGCUGGGUAUCGGAUCGUUUUAUGAUUCGUUCGCAAGACAUCGCUAAGCAAACUGCUGAAGACAUGCGUACAGUUGUACAUCCCAAAGCAGCUGAGGAUCCGGCCUGGGCUGAUGUUGUGCAGGUGCCGCAGGAUGACGGACCGAACCCAAUCGUUAGCAUCGCUUACUCUGAUGAAUUUGUAGAUGUAAUGGACUGUUUUCGAGGUGUACUCAAGCUCAACGAGUUAAGUGAACGCACAUUAGCGUUGACACUGGACGUGAUUGACGCAAAUCCCGCAAACUACACGGUUUGGUUCUUUCGACGACGUGUGCUUGAGGCGUUGGGUUCGGAUUUGCGCGAGGAGUUGCAAUUUACAGCGGACAUGGCGAUUCAAUAUCCCAAGAAUUACCAGAUCUGGCACCAUCGUCGCGAGAUCUGCUCAAUGUUAAACGACGGUAGCAAAGAAAAGGAAUUUUGCGCCUUGACCAUUGAUCAAGACUCGAAGAAUUACCACGCAUGGGCACACCGGCAAUGGGCAAUCAAGACCUUUGCUUUAUGGGACGGAGAGAUCGAGUUUGUGGAUAAGAUGCUGCUAGAGGACGUACGGAACAAUUCGGCGUGGAAUCAUCGCUGGUUUGUAUUAAGCAAUACGUCAAACCUUGCAACUGCUGAAGGUCGUCAGCAAGAAGUUAACUAUGCGCUGGAAAAGAUUGCGACUGCUGUGCACAACGAAAGUCCAUGGAACUAUAUCCGUGGUCUCGUUCGCGGCCACGAAGAUACUUUUGCUACGCAGGUUAAGGAGAAGGCAUUACAGAUACUAGCAAGUACGCCAGAUUGUAUCUUUGCAGGAGCAUUGCUGGUAGACUUAUAUGAAAAGGAAGGCACGGACACGGCUCUGAAGUCUGCAACUAAGAUUAUAGAGACGCUGAUGAACGAAACAGAUCGUGUGAGGAAAGCGUAUUGGCACUUCCGUCUUACAGCAUUAGAAAAGCAAGGCGCAUAA